CCUCCCCCCUGCCGGCUGCCGCCGGCUCCCCACCUCUGUACCCCACCUCAGCUCUUCCCACCGAAUCCGGCUACCUCCACAUCAACUCCUCCACCGACGCCGCCCUCUUCUUCGCCUUCUACGAAGCUCAAAAACCCCUCUCCCCUCUCUCCUCCACCCCACUUCUUCUCUGGCUCCAAGGCGGCCCCGGUUGCUCCUCCAUGACCGGAAACCUCUUCGAGCUCAGCCCAUGGCUCAUCUCCGACGAUCUUAAUCUAAACCCUAACCCUUUCUCAUGGAACCGCCGCUUCGCCCUUCUCUUCAUCGACAGUCCUCUCGGCACCGGCUUCAGCUCCGCUCCUUCCCCUGCUUCCAUCCCCGGCGACCAAUCCUCCAUUGCCGCCCACCUCUUCUCCGCCCUCCAAUCCUUCCUCUCCUCCCACCCCCCUUACUUCCGCUCCCGCCCUCUUUACCUCACCGGCGAAAGCUACGCCGGAAAAUACAUCCCCGCAGCCGCUUACGAAAUCCUCCGUCAAAAUCCCAAUUUUCCACCCUCCCUCCGCAUUAACCUCGCCGGCGCAGCCAUCGGCAAUGGAUUAACCCACCCGAUCGCUCAAAUCGGCACCCACGCAUCCACCGCUUACUUCUCAGGGCUAAUCAAUGACCGGCAGAGGGAGAAGCUCGAGGAACUGCAAAAUAAUGCCGCCGAGCUCGCAAGGGCCGGGAGGUGGACGGAGGCCGCCGAUGCGCGCAGCCUGGUUCUCCAUUGGCUUCAGAACGCCACCGGUCUAGCGACGCUCUAUGAUCUGAGGAAGAAGAAGCCAUACGCGACAGCGAAGCUGAGUGGUUUUCUGAACAGGGGAGAGGUGAAGGACGCGCUUGGGGUUAAGAAGGAGACGACUUGGGUGGAAUGCAGUGAGGAGGUGGGCAGCGUGAUGAAGAAGGAUAUAAUGAAGAGUGUGAAGUUUAUGGUGGAGGAGGUGGUGAAAAACAUUCGCGUGCUUCUGUAUCAGGGAAUUUUUGAUCUGAGGGAUGGGGUGGCGUCGACGGAGGCGUGGAUGAAGGAAAUGAAGUGGGAGGGGAUUGGGAGAUUUUUUGCUGCGGAGAGGAGAGUGUGGAGAGUGGAAGGAGAGGUAGCAGGGUAUUUGCAGAAAUGGGGGAAUUUGAAUCAUGUGGUGGUUUCCGGCGCCGGCCAUCUUGUUCCGGCGGAUCAGGGGCGCAGCACGCAGGCGAUGAUUGAGGGUUGGGUACUCGAGACUGGAGAUUUCGGAGAAGAUGAGUUGAGAUCAGAGUGAAAAUUAGUGGGCAAAAAUAUUACAUAAUAGUUGUUAAUAUUUGAUUGUGUUCCAUGAAUAUUUCAUCUGAGUUAUUUGUAAAAAUGAAGUGUUGUUCGAGUAUUA